AUGUUCAAGGUACUAUUCCUCGCAACUAUCGCUGUGGCUUCUGCCAAGCCUGGAAUUGCUCCUGCUGCGUAUGUCGCUGCCCCAGCUCCUGUUUUGGCUGCUCCUGCCCCAAUCGUCACUGCCUCCAGCUCACAGUACAUCGCUAGGAACUAUAACGGCUAUGUUGCUGCACCCUUAGUACCUGCCGCCGCGGCUCCAAUCGUGGCAGCGCCAGCUUCAUACGUCGCUCCAGCAGCCAAAAUAGUAGCACCAGCAGCGCCACUUAUAUCUGCUCCUGUAUACGCCCGAUAUGCUUCACCAUACGUAGCUGCUCCUUACUUUGCCGCAUCCGCUCCUAUUGUUGCUCUCAAUACUGAUGUUGAAACGCAAAGCGAGGUGAAUCUUGCCAAAUAUCAUUGUAUAAAAGCUAAGGUACUUUUUCUAGCUACCAUCGCUGUGGUUGCAGCAAAGCCCAGCUUUGCUCCUGCUGCGUAUGUCGCCGCCCCAGCUCCCCUUGUAGCAGCUCCUGCUCCAAUCGUCACUGCCUCGAGCUCACAAUACAUUGCAAGGAACUACAACGGUAUUGUUUCUGCACCUUUGGUGGCCGCCCCUGCCCCAGUCGUGGCAGCACCAGCCUCAUACGUUGCUCCAGCAGCCAAAAUCGUAGCUGCAGCACCUCUCAUCUCUGCAACUGCUCCAGUAUACGCCCGAUAUGCUUCACCUUACGUUGCUGCAACUCCUUAUGUAGCCGCGUCAGCUCCUUUUGUUGCACUUAAAUAA